AUGCCCGCCGCGACGAUCUCUUCCUUCGAUGGGGCUCCGCGACGAAUACCGAAACUCGCCGUCCGCAAUAGAAUCCCAGAAGCCGAAGUGAUCGACGAGAAGACGUCGUUGAUCGACACGCGACGAGAUAGUAAGAUGCGACCACCACUUUCUUCGUGCUCGUCCGAGCAGACUUUAUCGCCUAGUCUUGUCCGACGACCGAGUAAUCUGUCGCAGGUCGAGGAUGGGGCACGAGGGCCCAGUGGGAGGGAGAGGAGCGGCAGUAUCGCGUCGACGACUACGCAGAGUCGAUCACAGCGGGUGCCGACGACGACGAAGAAGAAGGGUUCGGGUGUUUUGAGCUUCUUGACGUUGAGGGAGCCGUCGACGUCGGCGUGGGAGGAGUAUGCCAAUGCGCAGAAGAAGGCGGCGUCCGGGAAGAGUAGUCGGACGGCGCAGAAGUUGCCGGCGUUUGUGCCGGCGACGAAUUCAAAGUGGGAUGGUUUGCCGGAGAGUGCGAAGCGGGCGAGUAUGCAGUCGAAGAGGGAUGGGAGUAAGAGGUUCUCUACCUUCUCCAAUGCUUCGAAGCAGACGGGUCGGACGAUGGGGACGUCGUACUCGGAUAACAGUAGUGAGACCUCGUCGGCGAGGAGGUAUGGAUCUCUGUCGAGUAAACCUUCGAAAUCACAGAGUCACUCUGUUCCCGGAUCCGUGCACUCGAGGCCUUCGACCGAAGCUGGGAAGAAACAUAGUAUACCGACGACGACGACGAACACCACUCUCCACCCCGCGCACCGCAACACCGCCGUAACGCCCUGGGACGAACCACCGGACCUCAUCGCCGAGGACCCCGAAGAAGAAGACCGCCAAUCGUCCGAAAGCGCCCAGACGUUCCUCCACCCGCCCUCCCCAACCCUACCAGAACUCGACCCGCUUUCUUCCCUCCCUACCCCCGAACUCGAACUCCCCGAGCUCUUGCGGCCGGCAGAUUACAUCACCACGCCCGAACACUCCCCGCGCACCCCACCGGCGGAUUUCGCUCUCAACCUCAUCGACGCCAUCGCGCAGACGCAGAUGGAUAAUGCAUCCAAGCCCGAACAGCCGCAGAGUCCGGUGUUGGGAACUUUCUGGCACAGCGAUACGGAUACUGAGACUGAAUCUAUCAAGACUGGUCGUCCACUCUCUACCAACUUCAGCCGGCCGGUUCUGGGGAGGUUUUCGGGGAUGGCGUUGAUACCGGAGCAGUCGUUGCCUGACGAACCCGCUUCCGAGGACGAUGGAGAGGAGGAGGAAGAAGAAGAAGAGGACGCUCGAGCUUUCCAGUCGACGUUGAGGGAUGCCACGGGUCGAACCUCCCCGUUCUGUUUCGAGACGACGACGCUGCUUGCUCGACCCGUAAUCCCGGACCGCACGUCUUCGCAGGGAUUCGAGGGGGAGGGAUUGGGAGGGAAGUUCUCGCCUGGUGCGCGGGUGACGGGUUUGACUGUGACCACGGCUGUCGUGGCCGGCGCACCGCCAUUGCUAUCGCCUACGUUCUCGCCCAGGACUUUGACGGCCACGCGACCUACCAUGGCUGUUACAGAAACGGAAACGGAGAGAGAAGACGACACGGAAGAAGAGCGGGAAGAUACGCCGACCCGCCUUACCUCUGACCCUUUCCCCUCCCACUCCCCACCUCGCUCAAACAGCUCCACCCCGUCCCUCGCCCCCUCGGAAAUUUCCCUCCAAUGGACCAAGACACCCAAGGAGCGGUUGGGGCUGGGGAGUAGAUUGAGCCGGAUCCGAGCGGAGAAUGAUGUCCUACCUUGGGAAGUCGAGCAUAUUGCUUCUUCUGCGGGGAUUGGGAAAAGGGCGAGUGGUAUGACUGAGGCGCAGGCUAGGAGGCAGAGUGGUGCGAGCCAGAUGACAGUUGGGGAGGGAGGAGGGAAGCUCAGGCGGUUGAGUUUGCGGUUGGGGAGGAAAGGGUAG